AUGUUCCAGACUCCAUUGCUGCCAGGAGGGUUCUCCUCCCGAGUGGUCCCCCCAGGGCCCUCCUGUGUGCCGCCCCUGAGUAGUCCUGGUCCUCCACCUCUCAGACAUGACACUGUCCCCACCACCACACUGUGUGCCCAGUCUCCAUCCCCCAACACCACUCAGAGUCUAAGUGAGGUACCCACCAGUGCAGGGAGUCCUGGUAGAGGUCCCGCCUCUAGCACCAGUCCUGGCCCUAGUCCUGGGUCCCCACUGCAGCUGACCCCGGUACUAGUACCCUCGCAGAUCUCCCGACUCGCUGAAGCUGCUCAAAAUCUCAUCCGCAGCCUACCUCAUCUCGAACCUAAAGCAAACAACACCAAAAGGAAAGCUUGCAAGGAUCUGGAGACUGUCUUAUCCAUGGCUGAAGAUGACCCAUUGAGGAUGGACCAGAUCAGAAAGUAUGCUGCUAUUUACGGACGCUUCGACUGUAAAAGGAAACCCGAAAAACCUCUUACACUCCACGAGGUGUCAGUAAAUGAAGCAGCUGCCCAGAUCUGCCGCCUAGUGCCCGCAUUGCUGACACGCAGAGAUGAGUUGUUCCCCCUUGCACGCCAAGUUGUCAGAGACUCUGGCUAUCAUUAUUCCAAGGGCCAUUCUAAAUCUUACUCAGUCAGUCAUGGGGCUCGGUCUCUGUACACAAAUGGUGACCAUGGGGCAAAAAGACCGAGGCUUGACUUGUCACAGUCACUUUCAGAUCUUGGUGACGAUUCCAUUAGGCACCGAAGACAGGAGAGGUUGGAGCAGAUAGCAGAGGAGUUACGAGGUAUGAGUGAGCGGACCGAGGAGUUGUUGGGGAUGUCAGUGCGAGAGCCGGGAGAUCUCCCAGCCAUCCACUUCCAGCUGGAGGCCCUCCAGGCCAGGCAGGCCCAGCUUCUGCUGGAACAGGGCGAGCUUGUAAAACAGAACCAGCAGGCUCACCCUUCUCUGUUAGUCUCUUCUAGUUAUUAUAAACAUAAAUGAAUAAACUAUUAUAGA